AUGCCCCACAGCACGGUGUACGAGGCCUACGACGAGGACUGGGACGAGCAGGGCGUGUGGAUUGGCGAUGGCGCAGGCGGGGAUGCGGGCGACUGGGAGGGCGAGGGGGAGGGCGGCAGCGCGGUAGAGUGGGCCGAUGAAGGCGCAGAGGACGACGACUUUGGCCCAGGAGUGACGGUGGUGCGGCGGACGAACCUGGCGGAGCACAACGAGCUGAUGGCGACGGAUCUCAGCCUCGACGCCUACCUCGACCCCCUCGCCCUCGUCAACGCGUGGGAGGGCGCGCUCACAGACUUCAAGUUCAUGCACCCAGACCGCUUCUUGCCCCCGACAGAAGCCCCUCUCUCGCUCGCACAGCGCCAAACGAAGGCUCCCAUCUGGUACGGCCCGCCUCCCUCGACCGCCUCGACUUCGAAACUCCCCUCUCACCUUCCAAUCCACACCGUUUCUUCCUCUGCCUCGACUCACGCAAACGGCCACACCGUCUUCCGCGAACCCUCAGUGACGCCCUCUGACUCUCCGGCACCCGGAACGAAGAAGCGCAAACGCUUGACCGGGUCGCAGAAGAAGGCGAGAAAGGCUGCGAAACUGGCUGCGGCGACGACCGCUGCUGCAGGCGACGAGGAAGAGUGUCCUGCUGGUGCAGAAGACCACGAUGACGAGCAUGCUACGCCGCAAACCGCUGUUCCUCCUCGACGCGGUCCACCUUCUCCUACGUACACCCCCUCUUCGCCCAAAAUCUCUCGAACCGGCCACCCUCCCUCUCCCUCUCCUCCUCCCGCCGCCUCAACUUCUGCAUCUGCAACACUCACUCGCCCAAUCGGUCCUCAACACCCCUCCUCCUUCUCCUUCGUCGUCCCGCCCGUCUCGUCCCUCCCAACGACCUUCCCUCCUCCACCGCCUAUCGCGCCUCUUACGGGCGACGAACCGGCUUUGGAGGCUGAGACUCCGGAGGCGUUACUUGAGGCGGCGUUGUGGAGCUGGUAUACCGCCGGCUACCAAACAGCCCUCUACCACGCCGCCGUCGGAGUCGCCAAGUUCAAGCCUUCUGCCAAUGAGUCCUCGUAG